AUGUCUACGACUGACAAACCCACCACCGACGCAGCGGCGGCCGCCAUCGUCGAGGACGCCGACCGUGUCAGGCUGCCCGGCUUCGGCCUGCCGCACAGCAGCGGCUGGGUGGCUAACAAGGCCAAGUUCCCGCAUGCUCUCGAGUCGGAGGGUCGCGGCAAGCUGAGCCGUGGCCUUUUUUUGCGCGAACGCCGCAUGCUCGACUUCAUGGGCAGCAUCACCGAUAAGCCCGAGUGGGAGCGCAAGGUGUUUGACGAGGAGAUUGUGGGCAAGUGGCGUGCCGAGGCCAUGGAGAUGCCCACUGUCGACGACGACGACGUCUACAUGUCGGAUGACAUGUUUGACUAUUGUAUUGCCGAGCUCCGUGACAAGGCAGAGCGGCUCAAGAAGACGGGGUUCGUGACGACGUUCGACGCCGAGGUGACAAUCGUCAAGUCGGACACUGCUGUGUCUGACGAGCUCGCAGCUGCCCUCAAGCAGUGCGUCGCCAAGCUCGAGGACGUGCCCGAGCGUGACAAGGACUGGCACCCCGGCUCCGAUGACCAGGUCCUGGAUCUGCUGCACCCGUCGCUGUACCCUGUCGUCUUUGGCGCCACGCGCGCUCUGACAAAGGGCACCGUACCGCUGGACGACUGCGCUGCUUACACAGGCCGUGGUGAGGUCACCGAGCUCUCCGACAUCAAGCCUCAUAGCUACAACCCGUUUGCCAACCACGAAGACCUGUACCAAUGGCUCCCGGCCGACGUGACGCUGUCCGAGGACGGCUCUGCCAGCAUUACCAGUUACAUCAAUAAUCUGCACCCACGCGUCCACAAGGAGCUGUACGGCGUCCUCGAAAAGUUUGUGGCUGCGUCGGUUCCUCUUUGGGAGGAGGCCCUCACGCCCUAUGGCGAUCGCCGUCGCAUCGAGCUGGACGCCACAGACGACGACGAGGACUAUUACAUUCCGGAAGGCAUCGUCUACGAGAUUCCACGCGAGGACGGAGAGGACGGAGAGGACGGCAAGGACUCCUCCGAAUACGACGACGAAGAGUAUAAGUACACCGAUGAGUACCAGGAGUGGUGGUAUGAACACCGCGUCCUUGAGUUCCGCGAGCCAAAAGAAUAUGUGCCCUUUGACAAGCAGACCGAGUCGGUCGAGCGUGUCCACCUGGCGCCCACGGUCGACACACCCAGCCAGUUCCCCAAGGGCCUGCAGGUCAUUUUCAAGCUGGCCAACAUCCACCUGACGCCGGAGAAGCCAUCAUACGGCGGAGGCAGCUGGCACAUUGAAGGCACGCUGUCCGAGCGCAUCUGCGCCUCCGCCCUGUACUACUAUGACGAAGAGAACAUCACGCCCAGCCAGCUAUCCUUCCGCCAGUGCAUCGACGAGCAAGAAAUGAUGAUGAUCCCCGCCCAGAGCAUGUUCACGAGUCUGUUGAGCUACCUGGGUAUUGACCAGUACGGCACGGCGGUGCACAACCUCGGCAGCGUGCUCACGCGCCCCGGCCGCCUCCUGGUCUUCCCCAACGUCCUGCAGCACCGCGUGGGCUCUUUUGAGCUGCAGGACGCCACCAAGCCGGGCCACCGCAAGAUCCUGGCCAUGUUCCUCAUCGACCCGAGCCGCCGCGUGCUCUCGUCGGCCAAUGUCCCACCGCAGCGCAAGGACUGGUGGUCCGAGUACGUCCAUGAGACGCCGGCGCUCUCGCGUCUGCCGAACGAGCUGUUCUCGCACGUCAUCGACCUGGUGGACGAGUUCCCUCUGUCCUGGGAGCAGGCCGUAAAAAUCCGAGCCGACUUGAUGGAGAAGCGCAGUGCGUUCACCGAAGACCAAGAAAACGAAAUGAACGAUCACACUUUCUCAUUCUGCGAGCACUAG